UCAUAUUGACUAGCUUCGGUAUCUGCAUGUUAGCACUGGUGGUAUAUGUCAUGAAAGCGAGAAUCCUCCAAAUUGUCUUCCACAGAUAUUCCAGGCCCUCUUGAGCACUCUCGCUUUUGCGUUGCUUUGACCCUAAUAAUACCCUUAUCGAGUGGAAUACCAACAUCUUCCUUAUAGCCUAGUAACUUAGGCUGAGCGAGAUAUCUAAUGACAUUCCCUUGACAUCAAGAGAUGGUCUAAAUGAAGAUGAUGCUCUCAAAGGACAUCGUUGCAUUCUGUCUUAUUGCUUGAACGAAAUGUACCCAAACCGAAAUCGUUGAAAUAAACAUAAUACACAAAUUCCCGAGAGUUUUAUAUCUAACGUACGAUUCAAACCCUAUUAAGUAGUGUUUAAAAAGAGAAUUACAUCGAAGGUGAUUGUCUGAAAAAGUCAGACAGAAUCGUUAGAAAAAAGUUUGAGCGUAACAGAGUGUUAGACUAUAAGACUCUACUACUUGCAGUGCCCCUGUUCCAAUUCAGAACAUCUGCAAAAGAUUCAUCUCGCGAGAUUAGUUAUCAUCCGUAGUUAAUACACAUAAUUCUUCGAGUAAGAUGUACGUAACCACUUAAUAUAGGUCAUGGGCUAAAGCCCUAUUUACUGCGAGACUAACGUUAUCAUUUUUGGCACAGAUGCUGGCUUAAAGACCUUCAGCCGUCAUAUAAUGAAUGUAUUUGCAACCAUAUCGAAUCAAACUAAAGCGACUAGUGCCUAUCCGAACGAACGAUUCCUUUCGUACAGAGUUCGACGACUAUCACUACGAUAGCUUCCAUCCAUAGAAUAAAAGUAAGCCUUUUUACGUAGAUCUAAACCAAGCUAAGGUCUCCUGUUAGAUGAUAUUUUGGCAGACGAAUAAGGCGACAUAAAGAAAAACCAGACAUGGUUGAAUUCUUAGUGACCAAGAUACUGUUAAUAACUGAGCUAUUCUAUUGAGCUAUUCUAUUACUUAUAUGUCUAAAGCCUUUGGAUUCCCUCAGUAACCAAACUCCCCCGGUAUCACCAAUGCUCAGAUGAAACUCAAAGAGCUGCUAAAUAAACCGUAAAUAUAUCAUAGGAGUAAGACAGCUCAUGAUAGAAUAAAAUGACUUACUCAACAACCAAUGUUUCAAUAAAAAGACCCACAUUUGCCAAUCACCAGUCAGUAGUCAGCUCAAAGAACCGUCGCUAAAGAAGCAUAUAGCUGCACCUUAACUAGUGAGAUGCUUACUAACAUGCCUCAACUAGAAACAAAAAGUGCCCUUAUGUACCAAGAGUACAAUGUCAGCCUACAGUGUCGAUCAUAUUAGAGUUAAGCUUAUGGAAGACGAGCUGAUGAGGCGACCAAACGCUAAAGGUGUUUGCAAAAAGCAAGACACCAAGGCACCUGGGUUGUUUCAUUCACAGCCCAUUUCCCACAACACUUUCCCUUCUUUGUCUAUUGUAGCGAACAUCCUUCUGCUCGUGAUACUGCCUUGUCAUAUGAGGUCUAACCUCGAUGAAUGUCAUGUUACUACAUAGAAUUGAAACAUCCGCUAUGUCGAUACUGCUGAUCUUUACUGCAAGAAAUCUACCGACGUCCGAGAUGGAUUCAAGGGGAGUGUUCGAGGUGAUAGUCACCCACAUAAUUCGAGACCUUGUGUGUUUUAAGUGAAUCUGCUGUCUCCAUAUUUGUUCAGCAAAUCAUAUCUUGGUACAUCGCCCUGUCGAGCCAAAUGAAUACUAUUGAUAGCGCAUCGCAACAUUUUAUAUCUCUUUGUAUGAGGUUUUGCAACCUUCGAACCAAUUGUUAACCUAAUUUCUAACCAGAUUUGUGUCACCAUCUGGAAUACCAAACCAAACAGUAUAGCUAUAGAUUAGUCCUCCAAUAUGACCGAUUGUGACUUGACAAUAUCUACCACAGAAUUACUGACAAGAGCUGUAAUACUUUGCGGUAAAUUGUGCUACUGUUGAUCCAUACUAGAGACUACUUCCACCGCUGCCAAAGCGGUUGUGACCAACGCUUGGUUACUGUUGAGCAAAUUUGGGAUUAGUUUGCUGCAUACUAAAGCAUCUAUAGGAUAGUGUAAAAGAUGUAGGGCUUACCAAUGACUGUUAGGAUACUUCAGACACCGCAAGAAUUACGGUUAUGUUUAACCUCCAAGAACGGCCAAGAUAAAUGUUUGACAUAGCUCAAACGAGAACCAAGACGUUAUAGAGCCCAGCACGAGGUGUGAACCAGCGGUAAUUCUCUUUACUGAGACAUAAUUCCCACCAGCUGCUCGUAGCUAUAUCCAAAAGAUAGGAAAAGAUUCCAAUGACAGGCCAAAUAGCGUCAAGAACUCUAUAUUAUGUUCCAACGCGGACAGUGAAUCUGGGCAAAUUCACUGCUGGGACAAAAUUCCAGUAACUGCGAGCAGUUAUAUCGGGAAGACAGGAAAAGAUUCCGAUGAUAGGCCAAAGAGCGUCAAGAACUCUAUAUUCCAAAGCGCGGGCAGUGAAUCUGGGCGAAUUCACCACUGGGACAUGGUUCUCACCAGCUGCGUCCAGCUAAAUCGAAAUACAGGAAAAGAUUCCCGUGGUAGUCAGCUCUAUUUAUAUCCCAACAUGGCUACAGUGAAUUGGGGGCGGAUUCACCGCUGGGACAUAAAUCCUACCAGCUGCAAGCAGCUAUAUCCGAAUGGUUUGAACGAUAGGCCAAAUAGUAUUAACUAUAUUCUCUAUUCCAGCGUGAGCAGUGAACCAACGGUAAUUCACAAUGCUUAGACUGACUCUCAACCGUCUUCUCUGACAGUAGCGCGAGGAAGCGUGCAAUAGAGUACACAUAACCUGUAGCGAAAACACCGUCAGUGACUUUAGAAAACGGACGAAGUAGCAUUGUCAGGAGUCUCUAUACUCGUGCGCGUACGGGCUACUCAACCCGUUCUGACAAAGAUUCUACGGAGCUGACAUGCAAAAGAUACAGUGUAUACUCCACCCGA